GAAAACAAAACACGUCAGUGAGAAAAACAAGGGGAAACAACCAUCGUCAGCUUCAGCCUUCAGCGCGCGCGCGUGUGGUGCGGGAGGUUCGAGCAGCCCAGGAGCGCCGUGGCGAUGGCGGCGGCCGUGGCCUCCUCCCCCUUCCCCGCCUCCAGGCGGCUGCCUAGCAAAAACCACAUCCCGGCUUGCCCCGCCGCCCCCUCCCUCCUCCGCCUGGCGGGGGGAUCCUCAUCGAGGCGCAGGCGCCUCCGCCGGGCCCUGCGCGUCUCGGCCGCGCCGGAGGAGGCUGACGUGCUGCCGGGGCCUGGGGUCAUCGAGCUGGAGAUGGUCUCGGCGGGGCUGCUGGAGGAGCUCCCGGUGGACCCGCUCGGGGGCAGCCAGCUCGACAUCGGCGGGCUCGCCUUCCAGGGCGACGUGACCGGCGGCUUCACCAGUGGCGGCAGCGGUGGGGCUGGCGCCGGAGGCGAUGGGGGGAACAAGAUGCUGGAUCGCGGCAUCAACACGGCCAUCGUGCUCGGCGCCAGCACCUACGCGCUCACCAAGCUCCUCACCGUCGACCAGGACUACUGGCAUGGGUGGACCAUCUUUGAGAUCCUGCGCUACAUGCCGGAGCACAACUGGUCUGCCUACGAGGAGGCCCUCAAGACCAACCCAGUUCUUGCCAAGAUGAUGAUUAGCGGCGUCGUUUACUCCCUCGGCGACUGGAUUGCCCAGUGUUAUGAAGGGAAGCCGAUCUUUGAGUUUGACCGAACUCGUAUGUUCCGUUCUGGCCUUGUAGGGUUCACACUCCACGGUUCCCUUUCGCAUUACUACUAUCAUUUCUGUGAGUCUUUGUUUCCAUUCAAGGAUUGGUGGGCUGUUCCUGUAAAGGUUGCAUUUGAUCAGACGGCUUGGUCUGCAUUGUGGAACAGCAUCUACUUCGUGGUCUUGGGCUUUCUCCGUUUCGAAUCUCCGGUCACCAUAUUCAGCGAGCUCAAGUCCACGUUCUUUCCCAUGCUUACUGCUGGAUGGAAGUUAUGGCCGUUUGCACACUUAAUUACAUACGGUGUAGUUCCUGUUGAACAAAGACUUCUCUGGGUCGACUGUGUGGAGCUAAUCUGGGUCACCAUCUUAUCAACUUACUCAAAUGAAAAAUCUGAAGCACGAAUUUCGGAUGCCUCCACAUCAACAGACUCCCAGGACAACUCCAGAUAGCACCAGAAUUCAUCAUUUUGCUACCUAAAGAUUGUAACAAGGGAAACUGCCUUGCCUUCGGUUAAUUGGGAUUGUAUAAAAUGUACAGUUAGUUACCAGUUCUGCGUGUGUAACCAUGCUUCUACAGCCUACGGACUGUGCUGGGCAAACAAAAUCAAAAAAGAAACUACCAGGAGGUAGAUCCAACUUCUGAUAAAAAAAAUUGUUGCGCAGGCCAGUAGAAACUAUGGCUUUGAAACCUCUUGUGUCCUGACCCAUGGUCCAUGGAUGCUUGAUGGAACAAUGUGACAAGGAGAAAAGAGUGACAAGAGGUUCAGAAUUGGCGGAUUUUGCUAUUUCAUUCAAUGGAAAUACAGUAUGUUUGAGCAAGGGAAGCACGAUGCGCAUUGUAGAAGUAUUGAAAACAAGUACUCCUUUCCUCUGUUCCGCAAUUCUUGUCGUGGUUUUAGUUCGAAAGAUUUUCCUCGAGAAAAUGACACAUUCCCUGUACAAAGUAUGCUUUUAACUGCACAAGUAGUGAGACAUUGGCAUUCUGUA